UUCGUCAAAUUGGUUCUGCCAUUGUAAAAUGGACCCAUGUAGAGGGUGCUGAUUAAAGAUUCUAUUUAUUCUUUAUUUCACCUAAUAAAACUUUACACUAAUAAGUAAAAAUGAGCGUUUUUAAGUCGGCCAUGGGCUACUUUAGCUCCAGUGGUGCUAAUGGUGGAAGUGACAAUGAUUUCGUGGGUCAAUUUGUUGAAAUUGGGAAUAUGAAACUGAGAGUCAAAAAAGUGAUUGCGGAAGGUGGUUUUGCGUUUGUGUUUGUCGCCCAAGACGUGUCAUCAGGCACCGAAUAUGCUCUAAAGAGACUCAUGGCGGCUGAUGAGCAGGCAAACAAAAAUAUAAUCCAAGAAAUUAGUAUAUUAAAAAAGUUAUCGGGUCACCCCAAUGUUAUUAAAUAUAUAGCUGCUUCAUUUAUUGAUAAGUCAAAGACCUUGCAUGGAAUGGGAGAGUACUUGUUGUUGACGGACCUGUGCAGCGGGGGCAGCUUGAUGGAGGCCCUUCAGAACCGAGGGCAGGCGUUCCCGCUGCCGACUAUCCUCAGGGUAUUCUACCAGACGUGUAAGGCAGUGCAACAUAUGCAUGCACAGGUUCCGCCAAUAGCCCAUCGUGAUCUCAAGCUAGAAAAUUUCUUAAUAUCUAAUGAAGGUACAAUGAAACUCUGUGAUUUCGGUUCUGCAACUACUGAUGUGUAUUCGCCUAAUCCUUCCUGGAGUGCUAAUCAAAGGAAUAUGUUAGAAGAAAACCUGGCCCAGUUCACGACGCCCAUGUACAGAGCCCCAGAAAUGUUAGACACCUGGGACAACCGGAAAAUAGACCAUGCGGUAGACGUAUGGGCGCUGGGUUGUAUUCUGUACACCCUCUGCUACAUGCAACACCCUUUCGAAGACUCUGCCAAGUUGGCUAUAUUGAAUGGGAACUACAACCUUAACCCUAACGAUCAGCGAUACAAAUGUUUACAUGAAAUCAUAAACGGAUGCCUGACGGUGAUCCCCGAGCAGCGGCUGACCAUCAGCGGGGUGCUGGAGCGGCUGGCGGCGGUGGCGGAGUCCAACAAUAUCAAUCUCAAGCAACCACUCAAAUUUGAGCGUAAAAAAGUUGAACAAUCUGUGGCCACUAGCUCGCCAGCGGUGAGCAAAGAGCCGAUAGCAAACAUCCAGGAGGUUCCGAACUCGCGGCCUCCCGAGCCGGCGCGGCCGCCGCCGCCCGCGCGCCCGGCCGCCGCGCCGCACUGCCCGCUCCCCGCGGCGCCCGGGAACUCGGGAGGGUUGUUCUCGUCGAUAAAAGGUGGCGCUGGCAGCUUCUUGAAGAAUCUGAAGGAUACGUCGUCGAAGGUUAUGCAGACUGUGCAACAGUCCAUAGCGCGAACAGAUUUAGACAUGAGCUACAUAACAAGCCGCGUGCUUGUGAUGCCGUACCCCUCCGAAGGAUUGGAGAGCGCAUAUAAGACUAAUCACAUAGAUGACGUCAGGGCAUUCUUAGAAACGCGGCACCCCGGCGGUAAAUACUGCGUUUUCAACCUAUACCGAGGCGGUCGCUUACACUUCCCACGGCACGCCACCGUCGCUGACGCGUGGCAACUAUGGCCGACCCCUGCACACAAAGCCCCGUUGCUCGCCCCGCUGUAUAGACAACUGCAGAGCAUGUACCAGUGGCUAGGGCGCGAUGAGAGAGCCGCCGCUGUCAUCGCAUGCCAGGACGGCAAGUCGAUGUCGUGCAUGGUUCUCUGCGGGCUGCUGUUAUACGCGAAGCUGGUGACGGUGCCGGAGGACGCCCUACAGAUAUUUGCUGUCAAGCGCUCCCCUGUCAACAUGCCGCCGAGUCAGCUGCGAUACCUAUACUAUCUCAAUAAUAUUAUUAGGCCAGAACCAAUACUCCCGCACUUUAGGCCAGUUACUCUAGUCUCCCUAACCAUUCAACCAGUACCGCUAUUUACAAAAGCCAGGGAUGGUUGUAGACCAUUUAUAGAAGUAUUCAACGAAGACCGGGUGCUGCUAUCGACGCUGCAAGACUACGACAGGCUACACAUGUACAUGGCACAGGAAGGCAAGGUGACAUUACCACUAGACACGACCGUAUGCGGCGAUGUACUUGUCAUAGCUUCCCACGCGCGGCAGCAACUGGGCCGAGUACACACAGUCCCCAUGCUGUCAGUCUCCUUCCAUACGGGCUUCCUGCAGCCCACGCAGCACGCCAUCAAGUUCAGCAGAACCGAGAUCGACGGCAUAGAAGACACGACCCCAGUGAACGACCAUUUCCCCUCAAACGUGUCCGUAGUGAUCAGCCUCGUGGUCCAAAACGGGGAGCGCCGCAAACCCCGCUCCGACCCCUGGGAGGAGGACCAUUCCUACCCCGUGCGGACACCAGAUGUACUGUUCUCUACGACGUUAGAGCGAGACGAGACCGUCGACAACUUUGUGACAGCGGACUACCCGCAGCCGCCCGCAGGCGCCGCCCCGCCCCCGCGCCCCGCGCCGCCCUCGCCGCUCCCGCCCCGCCCGCCGCGCCCCGCGCCCGCGCCCGCGCCCGCCUCCGCCUCCGCCUCCGCGCCGCCGGACACCGCGGACUUCCUCAACUUAUCCACGCCGAAACCUAAGGAGGAGAAAAAGCUAAAGAGCGAUGACUCCUUCGACUUCUUUGGUAUGAUGGAGAAGCAGGAUGACGCGUUUGGAGACUUCCUUGGGGGGAAGGCGGCCGCUGAUAAUCCGCAGCCGUUCUCGUCGGACUCCAUAUUCGGUUCGAUGCCAGCACCGGCGGCAGAGGCGCCACGGCCGGCUGCGGACCCCAACUUUGACCCGUUCGGCCUCAAUGAACCUCUACCCAAACAGGAAAACCUGCUUACUCCGCAGCUAGUCAAAGAAGAUGUCCGAUCUCAGAGCGUGCCUCUAGAGCAGACCGCGAAGGACCCAUUCGCUGAUCUGGGCCUGCUAGGGGCUAGCAUCGGGAACGUAUCAGCUACUGCGCAGGGUCCUACGCCGCGCGCGUCUCCCGCGCACACUCCGCAUACACCGCAGCACGCGACCCCUGCGCGGUCACCGCAACAUCAGCCCGACUACAGUCGAACACACUUCGAGCCAGCGAAAACGCCAAUGGACGACAAACCCAAGAAACCGGCCGACGUGUUUGGAGACCUGCUGGGAAGCCAGGGCUACGAGUUCGCGGCCAAAAAGGACUCCGGCCCGCGGACUAUGAACGCCAUGCGUAAGGAGGAAAUGGUCAAGGAAAUGGACCCGGAGAAGAUUAAGAUACUUGACUGGACGGAAGGAAAGAAGGCUAACAUUCGCGCACUACUAUGCUCCCUGCACACAGUGGUGUGGGAGGACUGCCGCUGGACACGCGUAGACAUGUCCCAACUAGUGUCGCCUGCAGACGUCAAGCGCAACUACCGCAAGGCGUGCCUCGCCGUACAUCCCGAUAAGCAAAUGGGCACGGACAAUGAGAACAUCGCGAAAAUGAUCUUCAUGGAGCUCAACAACGCCUGGAGCGAUUUCGAAAACGACGCCAAGCAGCAGAAUCUCUUCCAGUCUUAAUUCCUAGAACUUUCUCACCAAAUUAGGCGUGUGAUACACUAGCGUUUCUGUUCGUUUUCUUGACGUUUCCACCCAAAGUUACACGGCGCGGACGUGUCCGACAACUGUCUCUAGUGUGUAAGAGGUGGAUCCGAUAUUUGACUAAAGAAUAUUGUAGCUGGGGUGGAUAAGGGUCACCUGUAAGGCAUGCCGGAUUUUUAAAAGUACAUAAACACUAAAGGAAGUGAUAAAUACUCUACAAGCAUUUACUGUUAUACUUUAAAUAACACACCCAUGGGAGUUAUAAAUUUAUAAUCAUAAGAGAGACCCGAAAAUAUAUACGUAUCCAUACAAAACGUUGAGCUUGUAUUACUGCAGUUUUCGUAAGUGUAGUAUACAUUGAAAGAAUAAAAAGACUGCCGUCUUUUUCGCGACAUUUUUAGAAACAAGACUUAGAACUGAAGUUUUUUUAUGGAACGUCACAAGUAGAUUUUGGACGUUAGUAAUUUGCAUGCCACAUUCUUCCUGAUUUUACUCAGAUAGACAACAAUAUAUUCAUAAAUGUGCUUUAAUGUUCAAAGUUAAAAUAAUAGCUAAAAAAAUCACAGUACGUUUGUAGCGUUAGCAGCUCAAAAUGUUGCUGAAAAAACUAAAUAAAAUAAUGUAUAUUCGGAAAUGUGGGUAUAUACAACGUCUUACGGAUGUUAUAAGAUAUUUUUUUCAAACAGCAUUUCAGCAACUACUUUAAUAAACGAACUAAAUAAAAAAUGUUAAAUGUUCAGGGUUUAACACUGUAGUGAGAACAAUUUGUGCGUUGUAACGAAUAGCUCAAUCAAUAGAGUUCUAUCAUAUCCGCCAUAAAAUUCGGUUUCGUAUGCGGUAAAGGAAUAGUGUGUAUGGCCUGAUUGCACGAUCAUAUUGGAAACAAUUGAAGCUCAUACAAGUGCCCUGAGUGGACGCAGAAUAGCAAGCACGCGGGCGAGCCCGCCCCGCCGACCGAGGGCCCACUAAAGGCGUAGGUAAUACAAAUGAUUACGUAUCCGUUAUAUUAUAUCAUUCCUCUAUCUAUGCCAUCUAUCAUAUGCUAUAAUCUGUGCCAUCGAGAUGCACAUUUGAGGUUCUUAUUUGCUUGAAGGCAAAAAAAUUAUCAUCAUUGGGACACAGUAUAAUAAAGAGUAAUAUCGUACAGUAUGGCCACUCCCGCUCCCCUCUGAAAGUGCCGCCCACCUCAUCUCGAUUACCUCAGUUAUCGCCUGUCAAAAACGCGAACAGU